UUGGUCAGUUUUAACCUUUUGAUCCUUUUUUUGCAGGUAUUUGAUUUGUAGCCAAAAGAGAAAAAGAAAAUGAAGGACAAAGACUUUAAGCCUGGUUCUUAUCCUGAUAGGUGGUCACGGAUGGUCCCUUUGACUCUGAUGCUUGUCUUACUCUGCGGUCUUUCAUUUUAUCUGGGUGGCAUCUUUUGCUCAGAAAAGCACAAGUUACUAGGGACCGACUUGGCUUUGGCUUUGACCUCUCCAUUGAAAGUUGCGCCUCUCUCUUCUCAAACUAAGACGGUCACUUUCCCAGAGUGUGGCAUUAAAUUUCAAGACUACACUCCAUGCACUGAUCCAAAGAGAUGGAGGAAAUUUAGUGCUCACCGAUUAUCCUUAAUGGAACGCCAUUGCCCUCCAGCAUUUGAAAGAAAAGAAUGCCUAGUCCCCCCACCUGAUGGGUAUAAACCACCGAUUAAAUGGCCCAAGAGCAGAAAUGAGUGUUGGUACAGGAAUGUUCCUUAUGACUGGAUUAACAACCAGAAAUCCAAUCAGCACUGGCUACACAAAGAAGGGGAAAAGUUUUUCUUUCCUGGUGGUGGUACCAUGUUUCCCAGAGGCGUAGGAGUAUACGUGGAUUUAAUGCAGAAGUUGAUCCCUGGAAUGAAAGAUGGGACCAUCCGAACUGCUCUUGACACUGGUUGUGGGGUCGCUAGCUGGGGAGGGGAUUUGCUAGACAGAGGAAUCUUGACUGUGUCCCUAGCGCCAAGAGAUAAUCAUGAAGCGCAAGUUCAAUUCGCAUUGGAACGUGGCAUCCCAGCAAUUUUGGGCAUUAUAUCUACGCAGCGCCUUCCUUUUCCGUCCAAUUCGUUUGACAUCGCUCAUUGCUCAAGAUGUCUCAUCCCAUGGACAGAAUUCGGUGGAGUAUAUCUACUCGAGAUUCAUCGAAUACUGCGGCCCGGUGGCUUCUGGGUCCUCUCAGGCCCACCUGUGAACUACCCAAACCGAUGGCGAGGUUGGAACACGACCAUCGAAGAGCAAAAAGCUGACUACGAUAAUCUCCAAGACCUUCUAACAAGCAUGUGCUUCAAAUUAUACAAUAACAAAAAUGAUAUCUCAGUUUGGCAGAAAGCCUCCGAUAAUGAGUGCUAUUCUAAGCACAAUACACCUGAUGCGUAUCCGCCUAAAUGUGAUGAUGGAACUGAACCAGAUGCUGCAUGGUAUGUUCCACUCAGGCCUUGCCUUGUUGUUCCAAACAAAUACCUCAAAAAGAUGGCGUUAAAAUCAACCCCAAAAUGGCCAGAGCGUCUUCAUACUCCUCCGGAGCGUGUCGGCACUGUAUCAGGUGGGAGCGCUGGAGCAUUUAAGCGUGAUAAUUCAAAGUGGAAAGUGAGAGUGAAGCAUUACAAGACUUUGUUACCGGCUCUUGGAACCGAUCAGAUAAGAAAUGUUAUGGACAUGAAUACUCUAUAUGGUGGCUUUGCAGCUGCUCUUAUAGCGGAUCCAAUAUGGGUUAUGAAUGUGGUGUCUUCAUAUUCAGUGAACUCACUUGGGGUGGUGUACGAUAGGGGAUUGAUCGGAACUUAUCAUGAUUGGUGUGAGGCAUUUUCUACAUAUCCUCGGACGUAUGACCUCUUGCAUCUUGAUGGGCUCUUCACUUCUGAAAGUCACAGGUGUGAGAUGAAGUAUGUCUUACUGGAGAUGGAUAGGAUCCUGAGACCUAAUGGUUAUGCGUUAAUUCAUGAGGCGGACUACUUUAUGAACUCAAUUUUGAGCAUUACCAAGGGUAUGAGAUGGAGUUGCCAAAAGAAAGACACAGAGUAUGGCAUGGAGAAGGAGAAGAUCUUGAUCUGUCAAAAGAAACUGUGGUAUUCGUCAAAACAGGUUCAAUGAAAGAUAUGUUUUCUCAUACUCACCAUGAGAUGGGGGGAUUCCAACCCAUUAACACUACAAGAGAGGGAGAGGGAGAGAGAGAGAGAGACAUAACCCAAGAGAGACAGCAACUGGCCCCCUCUGCCAGCAUUUGGCGUACACCAAUUUGUUAAAAUUCUUGGAGAUGGAAGAUGCCAAAGACGACAAGACGUCCUACAGAUUAAUAUAUUUUUAAAAAUAAUUUGAUUCAUUACAUUCUAGUUUCUUCUUGUAUUCUUUGUAAGAACUCAAGGGAUGCUCAAGUUGGGACCUUAUUUUUUUCGUAUAAUUUGGGAUGCUCAAGGGUUCAAUGGCUUCUACGGUAAUGUUGUUUUUGGGUUUCAGCUUAAGGGCUGAUCUGAAGGUGUAAUGAAUAUAUCAGUUUUCAUUGUGA